AUGAUAGAAAUGCUAGUUUUCAUUUCCCAGUUUUUUGAAGGGGAGGCCACACAGCUCUGGGGGAGACAGGAAGACCCGAGUGUGCAAGAGGUUGAGCCCAGAAUGGGCAGUGAGGCAAGUCGAAGAAAGACAUUUCAAGACUGGCCUCCUGAGGGGCCUGUCUCUCCCCAGGACCUGGCCAGAGCUGGCUUCUUCUAUGUAGGCCCUCAGGACAGGGUUCAGUGUUUUUGCUGUGGUGGGAUGCUGGACAACUGGAUGGCUGGAGAUAGCCCCAUCCUAGAACACCAGAGGUUUUUCCCCAAGUGCCAGUUUGCUCUCAGCACGCAUACUGGCAACAUUCCUACCCAGGACACUUCUGACAGUGUGGAUGGACAAAUCUUGAGUCAGUUGCAAAGAAUUUCAGAGGAAGGCGAAGGGGAAGGGAAUGAGGCUACCCUGACCACCAGACCUGCCUAUCCAGAUAUGGGUGUAGAACAGAUCCGACUGGCUUCAUUUCACAACUGGCCAUCAGCUGCGGUGGUGUGCCCUCAGCAACUGGCCAGAGCAGGCUUCUUCUACACAGGCCAGCAUGACCAUGUGAAGUGUUACUACUGUGAUGGGGGCCUGAGGAACUGGGAUCAAGGAGAUGACCCUUGGAGAGAACAUGCGAAGUGGUUCCCUAGAUGUGAAUUUCUGCUUCAGUCCAGGGGCAGAGCUUAUGUCAACAGCAUCCAAGAUUCCUCCAGUCUGCUAGAUUCCUGGGGUCAUGGAGAAGAUCCACGAGAGGUAGCUCCUACUUCUUCUACUCCAGGUAGCCCAGGAAGCCUGGCUUGGCUAGCUUGGCCAGCUUGGCGGCAAUCCACAGUGGUAAAAAGUGUGCUGCAGAUGGGGUUUGAGCAGAGCAUGGUGGAGAGGUUGGUUCUGAGUAAAUACAGGCUGGCAACACCAGCCAGCACGUCAGUGUCUCAGCUGGUCUCUGAUCUAAUCCAAGAGGAAGAGAGGAAUGCAACAGAGACCAGAGCACCUGUUCCUAUGGCAUCUGAAUCAACUCCACCUAGAAGAGAAGCCCAGCCUGAACAGAUCACAGAAACAGGACCCCUGAGCACUGAGCAGCAGCUGCAGCAGCUAAAAGAGGAGAGGACAUGCAAAGUGUGCAUGUAUCAAGUGGUGUCCAUUGUCUUUGUUCCCUGUGGCCACCUGGUCUGUUCAGAGUGUGCCCCAAACCUGCAGCAGUGCCCCAUCUGCCGAGCAGCCAUCCAUGGGAGCAUCAGGACUUUCCUGUCCUAG